AUGGAGGCCGGGAAAGCCACAGACGUGUCAGACAUUCAGAACGAGGACGAGCUCGACGAGGAGCCCGGCGAGGUGAUCGAAUCAGCGCCGCCUCUCAAAGUCGGCGAAGAGAGAGAGCUCGGUACCUCUGGUCUCAAGAAGAAGCUUCUCAAGCGCGGCCAUGGCUACGAAACCCCCGAGCUCGGUGACGAAGCCACUGUGCACUACGUUGGAACUCUGCUUGAUGGGACGAAGUUCGAGUCGACCAGAGACAGAGACGAGCCUCUCACCAUUAAGCUCGGUCAGGGUCGAGUGGUGAAGGGUUUGGACCAUGGCGUCGUCUCUAUGAAGAAGGGAGAGAUUGCAUUGUUCACAUUGCCUGCUGAGCUGGGCUAUGGUGUUGUUGGUGGGGGUGGCUCUGUUGUGCCGUCCAAUGCUAUUGUUCGAUUCGAAGUCGAACUCGUUUCGUGGAUCACAGUGGUGGAUUUGAGCAAAGAUGGUGGGAUUGUGAAGAAAAUUAUCGAGAAAGGAGAGAGGAAUGAGCGGCCUGGUGAUUUGGAUGAAGUUCUUGUCAAGUAUCGGGUGGCGUUGGUUGAUGGUACCGUUGUUGCAGAGACUCCAGAAGAAGGAAUUGAAUUCUAUGUGAAAGAUGGUCAUUUUUGUUCAGCAUUGCCAAAAGCAAUCAAGACAAUGAAAAGGGGAGAGAAGGUCAGAUUAAUUGUUCAACCCCAGUAUGCCUUUGGUGUGGAGGGGAGGGAUGCAAACAAUGGGUUUCAUUCUGUCCCUCCAAGUUCUGUGCUGAACAUUGAUCUGGAGUUGGUGUCUUUCAAGCCUGUUAUUGAUGUUACUGGUGAUGCCAAGGUAAUAAAGAAGGUCUUGAAAGAAGGGGAAGGUGCGUGGGUUGCUAAUGAAAGUGCAAGUGUUACUGUUAGCUAUAUAGCUAGGCUUGAAGAUGGCACUGUCUUUGAGAAAAAAGGAAUAGAUGGAGAGCAGCCUUUGGAAUUUAUCACCGACGAAGAACAAGUGAUUGCUGGUUUAGACCGAGCAGUUGCAACAAUGAAGAAGGGAGAACAGGCAAUAUUGACUAUACAUCCUGAUUUUGGAUUUGGAAGCGUUGAAGCAAGGCGGGACCUGGCUGUAGUUCCACCACAUUCAAAUAUCGUCUUUGAAGUUGAAAUGCUAGAUUUUAUCAGGGAGAAAGCACCAUGGGAAAUGAUUAAUCAUGAGCGACUUGAGGCAGCCAGAAGGAAGAAAGAGGAAGGCAACCUUCUCUUUAAAGAGGGGAAGUAUCAGAAAGCAGGAAAAAAGUAUGAUAAGGGUGCUGACUAUGUUAGUGAAGAUGGUAACUUUGGGGACGAUGAGUCAAAGCUAGCAAGAGAACUUAGACUGUCUUUCUGGUUGAAUGGUGCAGCAUGUAGCUUAAAACUAAAUGACUUUCAGGAAGCAAUCAAGUUAUGUUCAAAGGUACUAGAUAUCGAGUUCCAUAAUGUAAAGGCCUUGUACAGACGGGCACAAGCAUAUAUGCAAGUUGCAGAUUUGGUCUUGGCCGAAUUAGACAUUAAGAAAGCUCUUGAGGUUGAUCCUCAGAACAGGGAGGUCAAGUUGAUUGAGAAGAAUUUGAAACGACUACAAGUUGAAAGCAACAAGAGGGAUGCUAAGCUCUACACAAACAUCUUUGGACGUAUGACAAAGAAACUCAAAGUUGAGAAAGUCGAGAAUGAGAAAAGUUGA